CAAUGCACACAACAAAGGCCAACUCCAACAUAGAGUGACAAACUAUACUACGUCUCAUUUCAUAUCCCUAUUCCCUGCCUAUAGCCAUGGUUUUCCAAACAACCAAUGCUCACUUCGUCUUGUUUCCUUUGAUGGCCCAAGGUCACAUCAUUCCCAUGAUGGACAUUGCAAGACUACUGGCUCAACGUGGAGUAACAGUUACCAUUUUCACUACCCCAAAAAAUGCAUCACGUUUCAAUUCGGUUCUUUCUCGUGCCAUUUCAUCCGGCCUUCAAAUUCGGUUAGUACUAUUUCAUUUUCCAUCAAAAGAAGCAGGACUACCUGAAGGGUGUGAAAACCUCGACAUGGUAGCUUCGAGCGAUAUGAUCUACAAAAUCUUCCUAGCCAUCAGCUUGCUCCAGAAGCCUGCAGAAGAAUUGUUUCAACAGCUAACACCCAAGCCAAGUUGCAUAAUCUCUGAUUUUUGCAUUCCUUGGACUGCUCAAGUAGCUGAGAAGUUUCAUAUUCCAAGGAUUUCAUUCCACGGUUUUUCUUGCUUCUGCCUCCAUUGUCGACACAUGAUACACACUUCAAAGGUUUCGGAAGGCCUCACUUCAGAAUCCGGGCACUUCAUUAUACCUGGCAUACCUGACCAAAUUCAAGUUACUAAAGAUCAAUUACCUGGAACGGUCACAAAGAUGAAUGACUACAUGGAGCGAAUUCGUGAUGCUGAAAUGAAGUCAUAUGGGGUAAUCAUAAAUACGUUUGAAGAGUUGGAGAAGGCAUAUGUGAGGGAUUACAAGAAGGUGAAAAAUGAUAAGGUGUGGUGCAUUGGUCCUGUUUCAUUCUGUAACAAAGAAGGCUUAGAUAAGGCUCAAAGAGGCAACCAUGCCUCGAUUAAUGAGCACCAUUGCUUCAAGUGGCUAGAUUUGCGUCAAUCCAAGUCUGUGCUCUAUGUUUGUUUUGGAAGCUUGUGUAAUUUGAUUCCUUCGCAGCUUGUGGAGCUGGCCUUGGCCUUGGAGGACACUAAAAGACCAUUUGUAUGGGUUAUUAGGGAGGGAAGUAAGUUCCAAGAGUUGGAAAAGUGGAUCAUGGAAGAAGGGUUUGAGGAAAGGACCAAAGGGAGAGGCCUUAUAAUUCGAGGUUGGGCUCCACAAGUACUAAUAUUAUCACACCCUGCCAUUGGAGGAUUCUUAACACACUGUGGCUGGAAUUCAACACUUGAAGGAAUAAGUGCUGGCGUGCCAUUGAUUACUUGGCCUUUAUUUGGUGACCAAUUUUUAAAUGAGAAGCUCAUUACUCAAGUGUUGAAGAUUGGUGUGAGCGUUGGGGUAGAGAUUCCAAUGAAGUGGGGAGAGGAAGAGAAAGUAGGUUUGCAGGUGAAAAAGGAAGAUAUUAAGAAGACAAUAUGCAUGGUGAUGGAUGAUGAUAAUGAAGAAAGUAGAGAGAGAAGAGAAAGGGCAGGCAAACUCAGUGAGAUGGCAAAGAGAGCCGUUGAAAAAGAUGGUUCUUCUCAUCUUGAUAUGACUUUGCUUAUCCAAGACAUUAUGCAACAAUCAUGUAAUGGUGAGGAGGAUAUGAAGCUGACGCCUAAAGACUCGUAAUUUACAUGUCGUGCUUAAUUUGUUUUCAACUAUCUAGAGUGAUAUUUGCGUACUCAUUUUAUUUAAGUUGCUUUGACACCCAUAUUUUUUAAGGUUCAAAAAGGAGAGAAAAUUAAAUUUUAAUUUCUCUUUUUUAUUUUUUAUCUUAAAUGGUGUGAGUGGGAAAAAAUUGUCAUUGUCCAGUUUUAUGUAGGGUGUAUUUGUUAGACACUGUAGUUUGCAAAAAACAAUUGUAUCAUGAAUAUGUUGUAUUUUAUUAA